AUGUCGCUCCAGACAGCCUUCACCAGUGUGUCGCACCAUGACCGGGUGGCUUCCUUGAAAGCUCCAGGCCGCAGCGCCAGCGCAAGCCAGAAGCCGCUGGCCAGCCUGGGGGGCUCCUCGAGCAACCUGCAGGCUCUGGCAGCUGUUGCCACUGGGGCGGCUGCGUUUGCCGGAGCCCGGCAGAGGAAAGUCCCCUCCUUGCGUCGCUCGACCGUCGGGAGAAGGGCCUUCUUUGAUUUCGCUUCGCAGCCUUCCAAGAAGACCGUGAUCAUAACCGGCGCUUCCUCAGGGCUGGGCCUUGCCACAGCCAAAGAGCUUGCCAUGUCGGGUGAGUGGCGGGUCAUCAUGGCUUGCCGCGACUACGUCAAGGCCGAGAUGGUCGCUAAAGAGAACGACUUCCCGGAGGACAGUUAUCUUGUACUGCACCUUGAUCUUGCAGCGAACAACAGCGUCCGCAGCUUUGUCAGCACAUUCCGGACCUUGAACAUCCCGCUUGAUGCGCUGGUCUGCAAUGCUGCAGUGUACUUCCCAAAUGCCCACAAAGAGGGAGCCUUCCUUCCAGGGCUUUUCCCAGGGGGUGGCCCAAGAUGGUCAGCAGACGGGCACGAACUGAGCUUUGCAGCAAACUACCUUGGCCACUUCCUCCUGUGCAAUCUCUUGGUUGAAGACCUGAAGAAGAGCUCCAUGAAGCCGGCGCGAUGCAUCAUCUUGGGAACUGUGACUGCAAGCAUCAACGACAAGGAGGUCGGUGGCAUGAUUCCACCAGUUGCUGAUAUUGGUGAUCUUUCAGGCAUGGAGGCUGGAAUGAAGAAGCCGGUCUCCAUGAUUGACAACGGCCGAUUCAACGGAGCCAAGGCGUACAAGGACAGCAAGGUCUGCGACGUUAUGCUGAUGAGGGAGCUUCACAAGAGAUUUCACAACAACACGGGCAUAUGCUUCUCCUCGCUCUACCCAGGCUGUAUUGCUGAGACCAACCUUUUCCGAGAGCACUAUCCGGUGUUCAGGUUUUUGUUUCCCAUCCUGCAGAAGGGGGUUACCAACGCGUAUGUGAGUGAAACAGAGGCAGGAAAAAGGUUGGCCAAGUGCGUGGCUGACCCUGCCUACGCUCAGUCAGGUGUGUACUUCAGCUGGGGUGGUGAGUCUGGAACUGGUGGUGCAGGAGGAACUGACGCAGUGGAGAACGUGGACGCCAGCAACGACAAGUUUUUGCAGUACGGCAGCUUCCGGACGCUGAAGGAGGACGAAAUUGGUGGGCAAGCUGCGGAUGACGAGAGGUCCCCGCGGGAGCAUCCGGCACUGGCACCUUCCACCUCCACUCAUUCUGCCUUCGCUGCGCUUGCCGUAAGCGCCUGCGUGGCCAGAGCCCGCGUGGCCAGAGCGGUGCGAGAGCGCUCAGAGGCCAGGAUGGCCAAGCCACGGAGCCCACGGAGACGCGCCGCCGGCGCCGCCAGCGUUGCCAGCCGUGGCUCCACCCGCAGCUCCGCUAACUCCGCCCGAAGCUCCGCCCGUGGCAAGCAUGGGAAGACCUCGCGGGCGGGAUCCAGACGGGGACUGCACUCGGCAGGUUCGGUGCUCGGCACUGGCACUCUCCCGGUAAGUGAUGGCUUCGAGUUGUACUAUGAGGAGCACGGCAACCCUGAUGGGAUACCGGUCGUUUUUUUGCAUGGGGGUCCAGGCGCAGGCUCGUCACGCCGCAUGGCACAGCUCUUCGACUCUGAGAAGUAUCGCGUGCUCCUCUUCGACCAGCGCGGUUGCGGCAAGAGCUCGCGCAAGGAUUCGAGCAAUGCAGAGGAACAGCUGGAGGGCAACACGACUUGGCACUUGGUCGAGGAUCUCGAGGCCCUCAGGGCGCAUUUGAAGAUUGACCGCUGGGUGGUCUGCGGCGGCUCUUGGGGAACCUGCCUUGCGCUUGCCUACGCCUCCAAGCAUCCGCAACGCGUUCUGGGCAUGGUGCUUCGCGCUGUUUUUCUUUUCCGAAGUGAAGAGCUUGAGUAUUUCUGUGGUCCACAAGGGGGUGCCCGAUCCUUAGCAAGGGGAGCUUGGGACAGCUUUGCGGGGUGGCUGCCGUGGGCGAAAACGCGCUCUGCGCGAGCCAUUGCCGCAGCCUUCCGCAGAGCUGCCCUUGGCGGCGACAAGUCCAUCUCGCCGACGGACGCACUCUCAAAGUGGCGGGCCUGGGAGAACCAUCUCUUCUCACAACGGUCGACGGGCUUGAAGCUGCAGCCAUCGAACCUGCCAUCGGACUUACCUGAAGUGACAGCUCCAUCAGAACCGUGGCCAGAAGCAGGAAAGUUCAAUGUACAGGCCUUGCUUACGCUGCACUACGUUGCCGAGCGAGGCUUCUUUCCGGAAGGAUGUGAGUUGCUCGACUCAACUGCAUCCUUCGAUUUUCCGCUGAAGCUUGUUCAUGGUCGGAAUGACUGCAUAUGUCCUGCAGUCAAUGCGACGGAUCUUGCACAGGCAGUUGGUCCUAAUGCUGAGCUGUUGCUCACCGAGGGCGGCCAUUCACAGUGGGAUGCAGAGAACAUAGAUGCAUUCGUUCGUGCCACUGAUCAGGUGGCCACAGAAUGUUUGGUCUCAACGUGA